CCGGUAUUGUAUACUGCAAACGUAUACAUCAGAUUUGCUGGACAUGGUUUCGCCGAUGACAUCCGAAUGGCGCGGCACGAGCGACCACAACGUCACAGAGACGGCCUUCGACGCCGUCAAGUGCAAACUCUCCGCAGAGACGCUCGGCUACUUCCAGGACCCUUUCCUUCGCUUCUUCGUAGAGAAACCCACGCGGCGCAUCCCUCUGAUCCAUCGCGGUUAUUACCUGCGUCACGUAGCUGUUGCUCGCUGCGCUGAACUCUUCCUGUCGCAUUAUGCGACUUCAACCCAAGUCAACAUCGUGUCCUUGGGCGCUGGAUUCGACACGCUGUUCUUCCGGCUGCUGGAGCAACAGCAGUUCGCAGGAAAGCUUUCGUUUACGGAAGUGGACUGUGACGCUAUCGUGGGCGCGAAGACAAAGCUGCUGAAUGACGACAAUGUUCGAGCUGGACUAUUCCCGAAGGACAUGGACACCUUAACAGUAGCUGCACCUGUCGAUGGAAAGGCAACUUGGCAAUGCCAAGUGCCUAGCGCCUCGUACUCGCUUAUUGCUUGCGAUCUCGGGGACAUUCAGCGUCUGGAUUCCACUCUAAAUGCCGCUGGCGUGGAUCGUAGUCUGCCUACACUCAUUCUUGCAGAAUGCGUCCUGUCAUAUCUCGCUCCGGAGAAGGGCACGAUGCUGCUGCGUUGGCUUGCUGAGACUUUUUCGACUGGCUCCAUUGCGCUGUAUGACCCGAUUGGGCUUCAAGCAAAUGAAGAAGGCGACAGCGAUUCUCCAAGCAACAUUAAGCAGGAGUCAGGUGCAUUUGACUCGACACUACAGCGUUACUUUGCUGUAAAGGGCUGCACGCUUCGAGGUGCACGUGGAUACCGGACAGCAGCCGAUCACGCUCGUCGACUCCUUGCUCUUGGCCACUGGCAGAAUUGCCGUAUCCUCGACAUGAACGGUGUGUUCGCGGCAUGUACGACUACAGAGGAGAAGCGCAGAUUGGCAUUACUGGAACCUUUCGACGAAUAUGCCGACUUCAUGCUGUGCAACGCUCACUACGCCAUCUACCUAGCAGACAACUGCAAGGACCAAGACAAGGAGUGGGCUGCUAAUUUCGUGGCCCAAACGCACCAACACCGGUAUCUUCUGACCGGUAGCUGCGCUCCACAAGUGAAGGAACAGGAGCCAUCCGAUGUAGUGAUCAUUCGGACGUUCCAGCAUGAAGACUUGGCUGCUGUACGCUCACUGUUUGAGAGCACACACCUUGAAUUUGCCAAAGGUUCACGUGCUGUGCGUCAGUUCGUCGCGAACCGUCUUCGUGGUCCUAGCGGCGAUAUGUUCGAUGUGCAUCACGCUUUUCAAACUCGUCACAGUACUGGUAUCAUGACUUGUGGCUUCUGGGUAGCUGAAGUGUGCGGUGAAGUCGUCGGGUGUGUCGGUGUCAAGCCACUCGUUGGUCAAAAGACAAACUCGGAGGAUCAACGAAUUGCCGAACUCUGCCGUUUGAGCGUUGCGCCUGCACUUCGACGUCGUGGUGUGGCGUCAGCUUUGGUUCGAACUGUCGAGGCAUUCACCGCGUCCUGUGGUGCAUUCAACGAGAUCCGUCUCGAGACUAUUGGCGCAAUGGAAGGCGCUCAGCAGCUGUAUCGCACUCUUGGAUACGUUGAGCAAGUAGAGUGCGAGAAGCAGCACAGCUCGUUUAAGCUUGUACGUUUCCAAAAAACACUGUAGUCUCCCUAUAAAUACAGGAACCACAUGCGCAGCAUCUUCGCUAUUGAUCACAUCAUAUAAUGGAGCAACAGGAAGACCAGCAAGAAGUUCUAUCAGCUCGUGUCGCUGCCUUAGAGCAGCGGUAUGCUGCAAGUCUCGCGCAGUCUAACGGCUUAACACUGGAAUUGUCAGGUCUACAGUUGACUGAAUUCCCAACUCUCGAGGAGCUAAGCAGUAAAUUCCCACGUCUUCGGCAACUGAACAUUCGCCGGAACGCGUUGCAUUCGUUACCGGAAGGUUUGGCUCGAGCAUUCCCGCAGCUCGUCUCUCUGAAUGCAUGUGAAAAUGCACUUGAAGAGUUGUCUGCAGUUUCGAUCGGGGCUUUGCGUAGCCUUCAGCGUCUUAACGUUGCGCACAACCGCAUCCGUGAGCUCCCC